AGGAUCUAGAAAAGGAAGUGAGCGUGGCUAAAGGAAAUCUUGCAACCCCUACCCCUGCCUGCUGCAAACUUGUUUUGUUCCAAUUGUGUUUCUCCCUUGGGUUUAUAGGUAAAAUUAUGUCAGCAUUCUCAGUGUCCUUGGGAUCCAUGGAAAUACCACACAAUAUCACUGAAUUUAUCAUGCUGGGGCUCUCACAGAAUCCAGAGGUACAGAGAGUUCUCUUUAUGGUCUUCUUGAUCAUCUAUGUGGUAACAGUUUGUGGCAACAUACUUAUUGUGGUCACCAUCACCUCCAGUUUCACUCUGGCGUCCCCCAUGUAUUUCUUCCUGGCCAAUCUGUCCUUUAUUGACACUUGCUAUUCUUCCUGUAUGGCUCCUAAACUCAUUGCUGACUCCUUGUAUGAGGGGAGACCCAUCUCUUAUGAAGCAUGCAUGACUCAGCUCUUUGGAGCCCAUUUUUUGGGAGGAACUGAGAUCAUCCUGCUUACUGUUAUGGCCUAUGACCGCUAUGUGGCCAUCUGCAAGCCCCUGCACUAUACAACCAUCAUGACCAGGCAUCUCUGUGCCCUGCUUGUGGGGGUGGCCUGGCUGGGGGGUUUUCUGCACUCAUUGGUUCAACUCCUCCUUGUCCUUCAGUUGCCCUUCUGUGGGCUCAACGUGAUCAAUCACUUUGUCUGUGACUUGUACCCCUUGCUGGAACUCACUUGCACCAACACCUAUGUCAUUGGUCUGCUGGUGGUUGCCAACAGUGGUGUGAUCUGCCUGCUGAACUUCCUCAUGCUGGCUGCCUCCUACAUUGUCAUCCUGUGCUCCUUGAGGUCCCACAGUGCAGAGGGGAGACGCAAAGCCCUCUCCACCUGUGGGGCCCACUUCAUUGUUGUUGCCUUGUUCUUUGUGCCCUGUAUAUUUACGUAUAUGAGUCCAUCCUCUACUUUUUCUAUAGACAAAAACAUGGCAGUAUUUUAUGGUGUUCUGACACCUAUGUUGAAUCCGCUCAUUUAUACCCUGAGAAACAAAGAGGUAAAAAGGGCUAUAAGAAAGCUCUUCAUACAGUAAGAUUGAAGGUGUGUAAUGAGUGGUAAAGAAGGAUGAUAAAAAUGACUUUAUUUCUCUAAAUGGAACAAACCAAGGCCUAUGUUUGUUACUGUAUGUCCUCUUAUUCCAUCUUAUCUAUUUUUUUUCAUCUCCAUAGACUUUUAUGCUUUACUUAGUCUUUUUAAGUGAAUUACAUAAUAUGAUCAUCAAAACUCUAUGGACUAGAUAUGGCAUAAAUGAUUAUUAUCUCUAUUUUAAAAAUGAGAGAACUGGGUCUCCUGAUGUGGUUAAUUUAUUACUUAAGGUUAUCUAGCUUUGAAGUGCCUAAACCAAAAGUCAAAAUCAAUCCAUUUCUGAUCUCUAGUCCAAAAGUCUAAAUAGCGACCCAUAUUGAUGUCAUUUGAGUUUGUGUGAUAACUGAGUUGUAGAAAUGUGAGGCAAAAUACAACUUGAGGUAAAUAAUUUCACUCUUAGUCGUACAGAAGCUCUUAUGCAUCCAGGCCUGACUUCUAUUCCCUGUCAUCAUCCUUUAUAACAUCAUCCCUGAAUGGUGAAAACAGGUAACGUGGUUGACUGCUAACUGAAAGGUUGGAGGUUCAAGUCCACUCUGAAGCACCUCGGA